AGUUUCGCCGUUCUUGUAUAAUGACUGCACUUUCUUUAUUUGCAUCAACAACUUGGCUUAAUUUGAAUGUUUGAGUUCAAAUGCAUUUAAAUCUCCACCACCAUUAAAGAAUUUAGUCUUCUGAGGUGGAGAUGGGCUGGGAUCUUCCCAAACUGAGACAGCAGCUUGAAUACACAAACAGAGACUAAAAUUGACAUAUAAUGGUUAUUGCUUAGUCUUCAGUGCCCCUGACAAGGUAUGAACCUCUCUCUUCACACACAGGAGGACCCGGUCCCUUGCAUUAACGAAUGUCGUGUGUGGGAGACUAUACAGUACGCUUGGUCGUAAGUUACAAUUAGGUUAGUAUUGAUUAUAAAUCAGACAGCACUAGAAUGAAAUCUUGGUCCUAUUGACCUCACUGGAGCCAGUAUUUCACCCUAUAUGAGCCUGAUCCUUAGUUGGUGUGAAUCAGUAUAGUUCCAUGACGACAUACCAGCAAAAGAGGAUGUGGUCCAAUGUAGCAUUUGAACAGGGAGAAAAUGUUUAAAAUUUAGACCCCCUAAAAGUUAAGGGCUUUCCAGUAGAAAUAUUGGCACAACUUCAGGUAGACAACACCACCAGAGCAUAAAGCACCAAAUCUAGUAUCCCAUUUGAACUGCUAACAGGAUUUGAAUUUUCAAUAAAUAUUAAAACCAGUUGUUCAGUCCAUUGUGUAGAGACUUUCCCAGUCUUACUCCCUUACACUUUAUAUUUCUUGUAGUAGUAGACUAUCUUAAGAUCCUUGAAACGCACCUGUUCUUCAAUUCUCUGUUUAUAUUAUAACUCUUUGCUGUCAGCUGUCACUGCCUUGUGAAAAGCCUGUACCUGGCACUGGUGUCAAUCAGGUAGUAUUUCUAUUCUGGAAAGCUUUGUUUCCUAUCUGUAUUAAGGGAAGAUGUGUACAACCACUGCACAAUAAUAACCUGAUACAUAAACUGGAUCUUUAACCGUAGUCAGCUUCCAGUUCAGGAAGGGAAUAAGACUGGCUCAGUGAUUUGAAGUAAACCUAUUAAUAGGUUUAAAAAAAAACUCACUGAUGUUUGAGACAGGAACACAACCUGCUACUGGGAAGUGCAUUGGUACGAAUGCAGAAACUCCUGCUUCAUCUAGCACGAGGGUUGAGAUCUUCAAAGUACUCUUGGGACAUUUAGACACAUUCUCCCCUCUUACUCCUGGGAUCUUGCCAAAGCCCGUCAGCCUGCUGAAAAUUUGUAUCCAGGAGGAAGUUAACUAGUGGGACAGCCAGAAAGCGUUAGCUUUGUUAGUGAUUGGACUCGCCCGGGGGCCUGGUAAAAGUAAAGAAAUGAACGUGAGGAAGAGUAUACGAGCAUCUUCUCAAAACAACUUGUGAUUCUUCCGCUAACCAGAAAUUCUUCUCUGCUGGGUGCUUUAGAAAAUCUCACCCCUAAGCUACUUCACUGCACAGGUCCCGUUGAAAGUCAGUGGUACUUAUUCUCCUGAGUCCCUUUUGGGAAUCCAUAAUAGUGUAAAUGUGCUCACAGAGGACUUCUGACCCCCUGCUUCAAAGGCAACCUGCUAAAUCCUGUGCUGGCUGGCGGGACGAGGCCUUGAAUACAAUCUAAUUUGUUGAGCCGAGCUCUAAAGAGCGAGCCCAUGCUUUCUUUUUUUCCUCACCAAGCUAUGAAAACGGUUUUAAGCCUUUAAAAUAGGUUGUAACGCAAAUCUAGUAAGGCUGCUUCCUAUUGAGGCGAAUGGAAUCUUCCUUCAGGGGAGGCACCAACCGCAGGUGUUUUGCCUUCAGCCAGCUGAGCAGCCCUUUAAAUUGUGAGUUGUCCCAGCAGGAAACCAAGCCUCCUGAGAGUGCAGCCAAUGGGAGCCGGAGAAAGCUGUGGCCUGUUGUGUCUGUUGCUUACCAGCUGACUUCCUGCUGCUGCACUGCCCCAGGGAAGGGAUGGCUGCUGUUACUGGCUUGCUGGAGUGGGUUUUUGCCCUGUACUUCCUCACUCACAUUCCCAUCACUUUACUGAUAGACCUGCAAGCGCUUGUACCUGGGGCUGGCAUCCACCCGCAGAGUCUGACGGAGUUGUUAAAAUGGUACGCAGUUACCUUUAAAGAUCCCAUGAUGCUGGAGCCCCCUGCAUGGUUUAAGUCGUUUGUAUAUUGUGAAGCCUUCUUACAAAUGCCUUUCUUUCCCAUUGCAGCUUAUGCAUUCUUAAAAGGUGGUUGCAAAUGGAUACGGACUCCAGCAAUUAUCUACUCCAGUCAUGUCGCUACAACUGUAUUUCCUAUCCUUGCACACAUCCUGUUUCACGAUUUCUCCGCGUCCAAGCAUCAGGGUCCAGAGACACAGCAGGAACGCCUUGCUCUGUUAGCCAUCUAUGUGCCGUAUUUGCUGAUUCCAGUUCUGAUCCUGUUUACCAUGUUGUACAGCCCCCAAUACAACCAGGUGGAGAAAAGGAAAAAGAACUAAUGGGGAAUUGAAACACCCUAAACAUCUAGCCCCAUCUGUUCUCUGAAUCUACUCCGUCCAGGUCCUGUGGAAUAAGUGCCCAUCUAGUGCAGUCUGCUGCCCCAAUUCACACCGGUAUGAGUCCCAAAUAGAAGGCUUGACUUGCCCUAAAGUCCCUGCUCUUCCCAAAACAAGUAGCCAUUCCCCCUGCUGCUGUGGCUAGAGGGACCUAACUUCUCUGGGGCUGGCAAAUGGGUGUUUUUCAUCAGUGCGAACAAAACAGAAGUAAAGCCUUUGACGUACAAUACUGAAACGAGAGCAUUGCAUUUGCGUUCUGCCUCCCUUUCAGCUGCUUUUCUCUCAUGGUAAAUAUACCUGUGUGAGAAACCACGGAUCCCCCGUCUGUUUAAAAAUAAGACACACCAGAGGCUUCAUAAUUGUGCAGUGUUAUGACUUAAUUAACUACAAGCAGCUGGAGAGCAGAGAGAGUUUGUGAGGGAGGAAGGUGUUAUUCUGUAUUAUUUUUAUUAGACAUAAAAACAGGGUCUGGUUCUGCCCUCAGAUACAUAUGCACGCUCCCAUUGGCUUAGGUAUGGCGGGGGCAGAACCUGGCCCAUGAAAGUUAAGAGUAUGACGGAAUAUAUGUUAAUGCAACCAAGUCACCUAGUUGUGUAAGUCUUAAAAUUUCAUAACUUUGAACUUGUGAGCCAAAACUCUCGCCACUUCAUUAUGUAUGUUUGAUUUUGUGCCUGGCCACGCUGGAUCCAAGCCCUCAAGCACGCCCUUAUAUACCAUUGCCUACCAUCUGGAAUGACGCUAUGAUCCUUUUUUAAAGAGUCUGCCUGGGCCAGCUCCAUCUUUGAUUAUGGAGUUGAAUCACCAGUUCGAGUAGAUUUCAAGACCUGCCUGAUUUCUGAAUGCUAAAAUGUAACCUACUUUGACAUACAUCUGCUUUUUUGUAUAGCACCUUUCUUCCCAAAGGGCCCUAAAGUCUUUUCCUAAUUGUGUAUGAGCAGGGAUCAUUUCACCUGCUUCUGACCUGCAGCAUCCCUCCCAGCAGUCCUGGGUUUUGUGGGGCUAGCCUGCUUUGACCCCAAGCCCAUCUCAGUUGAAGUGAACAUUUCCCCCAUUUAGGACUGCCUGGGGAGGGGCAGUUUGCCCUGGGCCCCCCGUUCGAGAGGGCCCCCAAACCUAGUGGUGGUGUGACCUGGUGCAGGGCAUUGCAGCGUGACUUAGGUUUGGCCUGUCCCCCGCCUUUCGUUUCCAUCUAUGGAGGGGCAGAUGGGCCAAACCUGAGUGGCACCGCGUCCUCCUUUUCGCCACUUGAAAUGCUGAGGUAAGCUGCAGCCGCACCUGGGAUGAAAUGCACAAAUGCAGCCCAGUUAGACACAGACUGACAAGCGGGCUGGUCUUCUGUUCCAAAUCUCUUCCAAAAGGUUGAGCAUUAGCCUCGAAAUGGUGGUAACAUCAGUUGUUCGUGAUGUCAAGGACUAUUCUGUCAUCCGCGUGCCAGGGUCUAAAUUACAAAGGCCGGACUGUUUCAUGCCUGGUUGCCUACAGGUAGGUGUACAACUCCACAUCGAAGCACUUAAUAAGCAGCCUGACUUCUGUGUCAGGUGCUGAGCACCUGCAACUUCUGUUGACCUUAACACAGAGGUGGGCAAACUACAGCCCGUGGGCCACAUCCGGCCUGCGGGACCAUCCUGCCCGGCCCGGGAGGCUAGCCCCUGUCCCCUCCCCUGCAGCCUCAGCGUGAUGUGAUGCCAAUGCUCUGGCCCGCUGCUCCUGCCAGGCAGGGCAGUGGUGUGGCUGCAAGCUUCUGCCACUCUGAGGGGUGUGGUAAGGAGGCAGAGAGUCAGAUAAGGGGCGGAGGGGGAGUCAAGGGACAGGGUGCAGAGGGUGGUUGAAUGGAGCAGAGGUUCAGGGGCAGGGUGGUCAGGAGACAGGCAGCAGGGGGUUGGAUGGGUCGGGAGUUCUGAGGGGGGCAGUCAUGGGGUGGGAAGUGGGUCAGGCCAGGCUGUUUGGGGAAGCACAGCUUUCCCUACCCGGUCCUCCAUAAAGUUUCACAACUCAGAUGUGGCCGUUGGGCCAAAAAGUUUGCCCAUCCCUGCCUUAACAGGAUUUGUGGGUGCUCAGCUCUUCUGGAAAUCAGGCCAUUCGUAUUCAUAUCUAAAUGUGGAUUUUGGAACCUAGCUUUAGGCAGCCAUUGUCUAAAUCUGUUUACCGUUAAUGUCUGCUCAUGCCACAAAGACUUCAGGCUGGCAGCUUACAGCACUGUUAAAAAUUCCCAGGAACCUGCUGUUCUGAAUGUGAGUCUGUGAGCCUCACAGCAGAAUUCAAGACAGAUUAUGCCUAUGUUCUCCAGUUUGGGAUUGUUGUGGGUGGGUUCUGUUAGUCACAAACUUGCCUUUGUGUGUAUUUUUUUUUUUAACUGGACAGCAAUUCUCUUCUCAGUCCAAAUAAAAAUAAGCUAUUGGUCCUUCUUAA